CUGGAGAGAGCAGUUGGAGGCUCCGACACCAGGGUUCCAGGCGCCCGGAUCUGCAGUGAGGACCAGACACCCCUGAUUACAAGAUGUGCUCCCUCCCCAUGGCGAAAUACUACAUAAUCAAGGAUGCGGAUCAGAAGGCGCUGUACACAAGAGAUGGCCAGCUGCUGGUGGGCGACCCCGACACCGCUGACUGCAGCGCUGAGAAGAUCUGCGUACUUCCUAACAGGGACCUGGACCGGGCCAAGGUCCCCAUCCUCCUGGGGCUCCAGGGAGGGAGCCGCUGCCUGGCAUGUGUGCAGACAGAAGAGGGACCUUCCCUGCAGCUGGAGGACGUGAACAUCGAGGACCUGUACAAGGGAGGCGAACGGGCCACGCGAUUCACCUUCUUCCAGAGCAGCCUGGGCUCCGCCUUCAGGUUGGAGGCAGCCGCCUGCCCUGGCUGGUUCCUCUGCGGCCCGGAGGAGCCCCAGCAGCCGGUGCGGCUUGCCAAGGAGAGCGAGCCCUCGGCCCGCACUGAGUUCUACUUUGAACAGAGUCGGUAGGGAGGCAGGAGGCGCAGUCCAGCCUGUGCCCCCAAGCCAAGCUCAUCCCACUUGUGGUGGGCAGAAUCUGAGUGUGUACCCUUCACUGCCAAGUCACUUAGCAAGUGUGACUCGGUUAAGCACCCUGAGCUCCCUGGUGGGCCUGUGGUCACCACAAGGGACACGUGAGAUGGAGGCAGGAGGGUCAGGGGCAGAGGGGGAUUGGAGGAUGCCAUGCUGCUGGGUUUGGGGAUGGAGAAGGGAGCCACAUGCCACCCAAGCAAGUGUUUCUGGUGGCUGGAAAAGGCCAGGGAAGAGAUCCUCCUCAGAGUCCCCAGAAGUCCCUGACACACUUUCAGACUUCUGACCUCCAGAACAUGAAAAAGAAUAAACUUGUGUUGCUUUAA